AUGGACGACAAACUCGCGACGGAGCACCUCGAGCGUCAGAACUCGGACGACAUGGAGAAGCGCGAGGAGCACCUCGUCGCUGAUGCCGCGGGUCACUAUGUCGACCCCACCGUUACGAUCAGUCCGGAGGAGAACAAGCGGCUGCGUCGUCUCAUCUACAAGAACCUCCUUCCUGUGAUGUGUGUGGCGUACAUUACCCAAUCUCUUGACAAAGGCACUCUCGGUACUUCUGCGAUCAUGGGUUGGCAGACACACGUCGGUGCGGUUGGCCAGGACUAUGCUCUGACCAGUACCAUGCUGUGGAUUGGUAUCAUCAUUGGCGAGCCCAUCGUCAACCAGUUCGUCCGUCGUCUGCCCGUUGCCAAAGUUCUCGGCUACUCGAUGGUCGUGUGGUCUGCUUUGGUAUUCGGCCUCGCGUUCUCCUUGAGCAUCCCUCCCGUCUUCGCCAUCCGGGCGCUCUUGGGCUUUGCGGAGAGUUCGUUUGGUCCCUGCCUCGUUGCCAUCACGGUGCAAUGGUUCACUGCCGAGGAGCAGACGCUCAUCACUACGGUCUGGCAAGCUAUGUUCGGUGUCGCCGGGGUAGUCUCCAACCUCCUCGCCUACGCCUUCUACCACAUUCCCGGCAGGAACCCCCUCUACAGCUGGCAGUACAUGAACAUCACCAUCGCCGUCAUCUCGACCAUUGCUUCGGGCAUCGUGGUGUGGAAGCUUCCCGACACCCCUCUCCAAGUCAAGUGGGCUACCGAGGCCGACAAGGUCCUCCUCGUCGAGCGAGUCCGCAAGAACGACCAGGGCAUCAAGCAGAAGGUGUGGAAGAAGGAUCAGGCGCGCGAGGCCUGGACAGACCCCUUCACUUGGCUCCUCUUCACCAUGAUGUUCUUCCAAACCUUGGUCGUCGGCGGUCUCAACACCUUCAACUCGAUCCUCAUCAACACCGCUUUCGGCUUUGAUGUCCUCACUGCUCUGCUCGUCUCCAUCCCCCUCUCCCUCUUCCAGGUCUGCCUCUACUUCCUCAUCGGCUACCUCGGCACCAAGCUCAAGCAGACCAUCUACGUCAUGGUCGGUUUCACCUGCGUCAACAUCCUCGGCACGGUCGUCCUCAUCACCGUCGCGCCCAACGGUCAGACUCGAGGCGGUCUCCUCGUCGCCUUCUACCUCAUGCAGUCCUUCCAGUCGGUCAACCCGUCCAUGUACGCCAUGCUCUCCAGGAACGUUGCCGGUCAGACCAAGAAGUCGAUCGUCUAUGCCCUCUUCUUUGUCGGCUGGGCGGGUGGUAACGCUAUUGGUCCCCAGAUCUUCCAGAAGAUCUGGGAGCCCCGGUACUUCAACUCGCUCUACAUCCACCUCGCCCUCUACGGUGCCUUCAUCAUCAAUGUCCUCACCAUGCGCUGGCUGCUCUCUUCCCGCAACAAGGCCCGGGACCGCGCACUCCAGGGAGGCGAGAACAAGCACCAGAACGCCUUUGACGACUUGACCGAUAUGCAGAACCAGGAGUUCCGGUACUCAUACUAG